AUGGUGAACCCGGAGGACGUGGACGCCGUCAUCGAGGGCGUCGCCAAGGACGCCGAGGCGGACACCGAGAAGAUCGCCGCCGAGGAGGCCGCCAAGGGCGCUGCCGAGGACGCCGCCGAGGGGCCUACCAGGGAGGCCGGCAAGGGGCCUGCCGGGGAAGCCGGCGGGGCCGCUGCAGAGGAGGAGGAAGAAGCGGACCUCCAGAAGCGCGUCGACGAGACGCAUGAUUGGUUCCGCGAGGCCCACAAGGAGCUCAAGGCUGCACAGGGUGAGCAGGCCAAGCGCGACGUGGAGCUCACCAUGAAGCUCGCCGACGUCGAGAAAGCUCAGGAGACGGCGAAGAACUUGGCCGCGGCCGCCGAAGCCGCUCGGACCCAGCGCGAGGCCGUGCUGAACUCCCAGGAGGAGGACCUCGCUGCUCGCGAGGCGAAGCUUGCCGCCAUGCUUCGCGGUAAGGAUGCAGAGGUGGAGAAGCUCGUCUUGCAGCAGACCAGUGAGCUGGAGCAGAGAUAUGUUGGAGACGUAUCAGAGUCCUCCGUGGUCAUGGAGGCCACCAGGCCAUUGGCCUCACUAUAG